AUGAAGCCCUUCAUCGCCCUCCUGGCUCUGACCCUUCUGGGCAUGGCCUCCGCCAACGACAACCAGAAGUUCAUCUACUACACCUCCGACGAUGGUAUCAACGGAGGCAGUCCGGCCAUCAUGGAUGCGGCCAAAGAAGCCGGGGUCAAGGUGACCUUCUUCAUCAACGGCGAUUCCAUUAACGCCGGCCAAUGGGGAUCAAGCGGUGCCGCCGACAAUAUCCGCUACUUCCUCCGUAUGAUCCGUGAGGGACACACCAUUGGCGAUCACUCGCUCAACCACAUGGCCCACAACUCCGAGACGGAACCCGCCGAUGGCCGCAACGUUUAUCAAAGCUUGGAUGACAUCAAGUACUUCGGCAAGAGCAAUGUGGCCGUGUUCGCCAAGGUCCUCCAAUCCGUGGGUCUGCCCUUCGCUCAAUCCCGAUCCAUCAUCACCGACAUGUCCAAGAUGGUCCGCAUGCCUUUCGUCAACAACUGGCGUGUCAAGAUGGCCAACGGUCAGCCUCCCAUCGAUUUCACCUGCCGUAAUUGCAUUGUGCCCUAUGAAUCCGCCGAGAUUGCCGCUGAUGUGGCUGACGCACUCUUCAAGGGCGGCAAGCAAGUUUUUGGCUGGGAUUUGGAAUGGCGGUCCGUCUACGGCGAGGGUCUCAUCCAAACCCCGGAGGAAAUGAUGGAAGAAGUGCGGAAGAUCAGCCAAGGCGUGAAAAAGGCCAAGGGCGGCCCCAACAAGAUCGUCCUCCUCAACCACGACCACGGGUUCUUGUACGGUGACGAGCCCAAGAAAUCUCUGAGCCGGUUCUUCGACAUGGCCAAGAAGGAGGGCUACCAAUUCCGCUCCUUGUCUACCUUCGCCACUGACUAA